AUGUUAGAUGAAAAUCUUUCAUCGCAUUCAAAUCAUUCACAAAGCGAGUUAACCCAUCAUCAAGGCAAUCAAGAUAUUACUGUUGGUUCAUCUGGAUUAGGCCUCGGUGUAGCUGAAGAUCUCUCCUAUCACAAUGCAUCGGCAUUGAUGAAGAAAAAGAAAGGACGAAAGCCUAAAGGUUCACCUGAAAGCCUCACUGGUCCCGGUCAAACUCCAGGAGUGGCCGGUGUAUGUCCGAGCUCAACAAAGAGAAAGUCUCGUGAAGGUUCAACUACUUUUCUUUGGGAAUUUUUACUAAAAUUAUUACAGGACAAAGAGUAUUGUCCAAGAUUCAUCAAAUGGACCAACAGAGAGAAAGGUGAGUAUAAGUUACAUGCUAUUAAUCAAAAAGGGCACGAAAAUAAUUGAACGUAAACGUAACAAAUUUAUAUCACAAUUAAAUUAAAUUAGAUCACUUGAAACAUAUACAUUCAACUCACACA